AUGAUUGCCAAUGAGACAACUAUCCAUCAGAGUUUAAAUACAAGUCGGGAUAAUCAAGGCACAGAAUUCUUGUUUGGUUUUAUGGAUAAUUUAAUAUUUAGUGUAGUUUAUUUUAUAAUUAAGCCAUGUAGCACCACAUCAACAGUGGCCGGUGAUAUAGUUGAUAACGAUUGUGAUGGAUGGCUUGACGAGGAAACUGACAACGGCAUAGAUGAUGAUGGUGAUGGAUUAAUAGAUGAAGAUUUAGCAAAUCCUCCACGAGUUAAUGGCGACUGGACAGAUUGGGCUACUUGGGGCGCAUGCUCAUUGACAUGUGAUUCUGGUUCCGGAAGCCAAUCUCGAUCAAGAAAUUGUACAAAUCCCGCACCAGCUAAUAAUGGGUUAGAUUGUUCCGGUGACUCAACAGAGACUCAGUCUUGUUCUUCAACAGUACCAUGUCCAAUUGAUGGAAACUGGGGAUCAUGGAACGUUUGGACUGACUGUAUGGUGUCCUGUGGGACUGGUGAAAUCAACAGAACACGUGACUGUGACAAUCCAGCUGCUCAAUAUGGUGGAGAAAACUGUACAGGUACUGCUGUAGAAACUGACAGCUGCUGGAAUGGAACUUGUUAUCCGUCUGUUAUUGGAAAUAUUGAUAGAAAUUGUUCUUGGACAUGGUUUGGAUGUAAAGAUGGUUCCAUUACAUGUAUAGAUUUCUCCUUCCGAUGUGAUGGUACUGAGGACUGCGAUGAUGGCAGCGAUGAGUCAGCGGAAAUUGCUGGAUGUCCAACAGGGUGCAACGGAGCAGGCUCCUUGAAGCUGUCAAGUGUGUUAAUAGGUACAGCGUUAAUGUUUCUGGUAACGCUUUGUCUCAACAGCAAAAUGUAAAAACGCAUCCGACGACGGCUACACACGACAGCCGAAGAUGAAUGAUUUGAGGAUGAAGAUGAGUUUCAGCAGAAAUUAUUUCAUUUUUAAUAUAUUGUUAUGUAUACUAAAAUGAUUUUGGAUUUUAUUUUAAUUUAUUGUCAGUUUCAAAUGAAAUUAAGUUCAUCCAAUAAAACUUAGUUUAUACUU